AGAGGCGAGGAGGGGGAACUGCUGGCCGCCGCCGUGGCUGCUGCACGCAUCGUUGACCUCAACUAUAAAUGCGUAGUGCGGUGGAAUGGAAAUCGCCGAGAGGAAAGGGGCGGCGGGGCGUCCAGGGAGGAGGAGGAGGACUCGAAAAAUGAGCAAGUAGAAAGAGGGGAGCGCGUCGGCGCGCGCGUCUAUCUUGCCGAGGAGGGAUUUUGUUUUUUUCUGGCGUCCUUCUUCUUCCUCCUUUCUUGCCGUUGCUCGGAGGCGCUUUGCCGGCCCUCGGAGGGGCGUCGGAGGAGGAAGCCCGCCGCCGGGUCGCAGGGGGUGCGUGCGUGCGAGCGUGCUCGGCCGGCGCGUCGCGCGAGCCUCCGUUCCCACGGUCGCUCGGCGGCCGCUCUUGCCUCUCCGCAGAGAAAAAGGGGGUAUAGGUAAUAGGAGUCAGCCGCGGAGCAACGACAGCGACGGCGAGGAGGAAGCAGCGUGCGCGCCGCCCGCAGCCGGUGGCUUUUGAAAGCUUCCCCCCCUCCCGCGGGAAACGGGGCGGCGGGACAGCUCCGCUGCGUGUGAACGCUCCUGCACGCGGCUGCCGAAGACCACGCAGGCUGUACCUGCCGCCGCGACAUUCCGUUAGGGAGAGGAGGACCGGUGUCCAUUCCGAGUGCCUGCCGAUGGGCCGGGGUUACCACCUCCGCCGCUCCGCGUCGAGUUGAGUUGGUUCGGGGACUCCGGUGGGGUGGGUGUUCGUGUCGCCGCCGCAGCUGUGUGCCCGUUGCUCGUGCGCGUGUCGGGAGGCGAGCUGGAUCUGAAAAUGACGACGACACCUUCGCGGCUCACGCCGCCGCCGCCUCCGCCCGUGCUGGGCGGUCAGUUACCGCCGCCACUUGCGCUGGCCUCGCUGCCCGGCCGCUUCGGCAUGGCUGGGCUGGGAGCUCCCACGACAUCGGGGCCGGGACCGAUAAUCGGCAGCGCGAAUGGGCCGACGCCGUCCGCCGAGCGGCCGCCGACGCAGUCCAGGGCCAGUGAAGUACGCAGGGCGACCAAGCCCAUCAUGGAGAAGCGCCGGAGGGCCAGGAUCAACCAGUGCCUCACGGAACUCAAGGCCCUCAUCCUGGAUGCUCUCAACAAAGACCCUUCCCGACAUUCGAAACUGGAAAAGGCGGACAUCUUGGAAAUGACGGUGCGACACCUGCAGAACGUCCAGCGGCAGCAGAUGACCGCGGCCCUGGCCACCGACCCGGCCGUGAUGGGCAAGUUCCGGGCGGGCUUCGCCGAGUGCGCCACUGAAGUGAGCCGCUACGUGACGAGGCUGGAGAGUGUGGAGCCGCACCUGAGGCAGCGGCUCGUGGGACACCUGUCCACCUGCGUGAGCGGACUCAGCGGCUCGGGCCCCGCGUCCCCGCUGGGCGCCGGAUCGGGGCUCCUCAUCUCGCCGCUCAGCGUCCAGAUCCCGGGCCUGGGGGACGUGAACAACAACAAUAACGGCAACAGCGGCCACAACGGAGCAGGACGGGCGGGUUCGGCGCCGGGCCGACUUCAACUCGGAGGCCUACCGCUGAUUCCGAGCAGACUGCCCAACGGAGACCUCGCGUUCGUGCUUCCGACGGUGUCCGCGGUGGGUACCUCCUGGGGACCCCCGACGCCGACCAACACGUCGACGCCGACGUCUCCGCAUCCGCCGAGGACACCCAGCCCCGCUAGCAGCUUCGGCAGCGCCCUCAGUCCCGGUGGAAGCGACGCCGGAAGCGACCUGUCCUCGGAGCCGCAGUCCUCUUCGGCGGGUUGUGCGCCGAUGGAACUUCCGCAGAGACCCUUCCGUGAGGUGAUGCACGAAUUUCAGCUGCAGCAACGACAACAGCAGCAGCAACAGCAGCAGUACCAUCUUCAGCUUCAGCAGCAGCAUGAAGGGGAGCCCCAGGAAAGAGGGGACGACAGCGUGUGGCGACCUUGGUAGAUCCUGUUGUCACGUCUGGCUUAACACAGUGUUUGACUUUGUGCUUCAGAGUGCAAGAGAACCCCGGUAGAUGAGUCGUCUGUCACUCUCCCGUGUUGGUUGGGAGAGGGGGGGGGGGGGGGUAGAUAAGUUAGCUCGAAAUAAGGGUGCCUUCCGAUCCCAGUUUUCGUCUCUGUAAAACUUUAUCCGAGUGCGAUUUGUUACUGCGAGACCAUGACGUCGUUGAUGCUUUUGUCUGAAGGGACGCCGUGCCACUAUUUUACACUUAUGGGACAAUUUUCUGUGGAAACGUGGUUGAGGCUGUGAAGGUUCGAAUGAUCGCUCAUGUUCAGCGCCGAUCACAGUUGCACAAGCGCGCUCUUUUGCUUCUUUUGCGUUGCUGGAUCAAGUUGCCUGUAAGUGUCUUAGCUCCCGAUAUUUGUUUAGAAACAGUUUACAUUUCUCUGAAGUUUUCCGGAAGUUUAAAUGAUAAGCUACCGAAAUAUCGAGCAAAUGCAUCGUCUCAAGUGAUGGUAUGGCGAAAACAAAAACCGGUGAUGUGGAGAUGCGGCUAUGACGUGAAGUUACAACAGUGCACCAAUCAGUACUAUCCCGCAGAAGUUAGCGCCAAGGAAUAAUAUGCACUGAGUGAAAAUUGUUUUUAAGUUCUUGACAUGCGAAUUUCGGCGAUGGCAGUUAUUCUUUUCUUUCUAAACGAACAGUCCGGUUUGAAAGCUUGCGCGCACAAGUUUCAAGAUUUGUGUGCAUUUUGAAGCAAUACAACAGUACCAUUUUCUACUUUUUUCAAUCCAAACGAUGCACCAUAAUCUCAGAAGUUUCAAACAUCGCUCACUGCAUUCGGACUGUCGAGAAGAGAAGGUGAGAUUUGAACGUCGCUUUUAUCAAAGACUGUUACUUUAACACUGCCCGCGCUGGCCAUGUUAGCUACUGUACAGAGGAAUGGCUUCUUCCGAGCUUAUGACGAUCGUGAUCUCACUCUCCAAAGAAAUACCACCGCGUAUAUAGUUCAGAAUAAGCGAAGCUCUCUACGUGCAAUCUUGUUUCUAUAAAGGAGAAAGAGGGGUGAAGAGAAAGGCGACGCUGUUUGAUGUAGGCGAAAGUUAUUAGGCGAGGUGAGAAGCGAUAUGUCUCGCCGAACAUAAGAUAAGGGCAAUUCAAACACACUGUAGUGUGGCAAUAUUCAUCACUUUGAAUAUCUUACUAUUUAAUCCAAUUCCGUGAAGCUAUAAGAAAGUAUAGACAACUGAAGAAGUAAACAAAACCUAAAUGUUACAAAGAUGUGAACCACGUAAAAAAAAAGUGUAGAAACACUCAAAAUACGGGUGCACGCAUGAUACCAUGUAAGUACGGCUUAGUGUAGCAUCAUUUUAUUCUGAGAAACCCCUAAAUGCAUCUUAACCCGAGCUGGGCGGUCUGCAUUUAAAUUGAGUGCAACCUUUCCUCUUCCUGUUACGCUAGAUAAUGCUGAAAACGGCUAUACUCUGUUUCACAUUACGAUUUGCAGCAGAGGAGCAAUGCGAAAGUGUCACGUUACUACUUGCCCCGGGUCACGUGACACGUACACCUCACGAUAAACAGUAGCGUCCGUUAGUGUUCAUCGUAAGGUGAAACGAAUAUUAAAAAAAAAAAAAAAUUAUCUGCACUCAAUGCUUGGAUCUCAUGUUAUGCCUCAAAAAACAAAAAUGUAUUUACACGACAGCCUCGGUUUAUCUCUCGUUUUCCUUACCGUUUACGCACCUGUAAAUGCACAGAGGUCUAUGGACCUUGUAUCACCUCACUGUUUGUAUCCCCUUGUGCAUGUGUGUGAGUGUGUGCGAAUGCGCAUGUGCGAUUGUGAUGCAAAGUUGCGUUAUGUGUGCUUUUAGUCUCUCAGUUUUGUUUGUUAAUGAUCGACGGCAAGCAAGUGCACCGUCGGAAACAAAGUGCGUUUCACGCUCAACAUAACUUCUUUGUUCGUAUCGAAGUUGAUGGCCCACACCACGAAGUGCCUUGAUUGUGUAUAUAGGCUCCAGAGUAUAAAGAUUUUGCUGCUGCAACUCGUCUUAACGAGGAUUGUUUUCGACUUUUGCAAACAAAAGUAACAAUAAUGAUCUAAAAAAGUCUAUGCUAUUAAACUUGGAAGUGUUUGUACACAUUAGUCCGCGCAGCAACGAAAGUUCAUUACGGAGUGUGUUUCGCGAAGGCGUCUACUGUCGAUAAAAUUGUUGAGUUGACAUAAUGUCCCAGUGCCUUUUCAUCUAUGUCGUUGGAUACCAACACAAUUUGCCUUCUGACAAGUGCCAAUAAACUGUUUUCAAAGUGA